CCUAUACAAGACUACACUAACGUGUGACACAGGAGAGAGUAACACGUGGGGAAGAGGGCGAGUUCAACACUUAAGUCGGGUAGAGAGGAAUACAUGCAGUGGGGCGUGUGGAAGCUUACACUUCUCUCGCUGCUUCUUGAAAAGCCGUUCGCCCUGGUUUUUGGCGAUAUUUUUUAUUCUCUGCGAAAUGGCAUCUGCGUUUGCUGUGAAAUGCAGGGCGACCCCUAAAUAUGGCGGAAGUGGACUCUUUUCUGCGUCUUCUUCAGGUCUUAGUGGCGCUAGAAUUGGAGGAUCUUCGUGGCAGCUAGGUUUGGCGGCCAGAUCUCACAGGGUUUUGAUGACUAUGACACUUCCUCCUAAGCCCAAGGAAGUUGAAGAGGGUAAAAAUCAUUUCUACAAACGUGAGGUUCAUGAACAGGUGCUUCAUUCCAUGCCACCUCAGAAGAUCGAAAUCUUUAAAUCACUUGAGGGUUGGGCAGAAGAUAACUUAUUGAUCCAUUUAAAACCUGUUGAGAAGUCUUGGCAGCCACAAGAUUUUUUGCCCGAUCCUGCUUCUGAGGGCUUUAUUGAUGAUGUUAAAGAGUUACGGGAGAGAUCUCUUGAAUUGCCGGAUGAUUACUUAAUUUGUCUAGUGGGAGAUAUGAUUACAGAGGAAGCUUUGCCGACUUAUCAGACUAUGCUCAACACUCUAGAUGGUGUGCGGGAUGAGACUGGCGCCAGUCCCACACCCUGGGCUUUGUGGACUCGCAUGUGGACAGCCGAGGAGAACAGACACGGUGAUCUUCUAAAUAAGUAUCUUUACUUGUGUGGCCGCGUGGAUAUGAGACAGAUUGAAAAGACCAUACAGUACCUCAUUGGAUCAGGAAUGGAUCCACGGACAGAAAAUAGUCCCUUUCUUGGCUUCUUGUAUACAUCUUUCCAAGAAAGGGCAACGUUCAUAUCACAUGGUAAUACUGCAAGAUUUGCCAAAGAUCAUGGUGAUCUCAAACUAGCUCAAAUAUGUGGAACUAUUGCUGCAGAUGAGAAGCGUCACGAGACUGCAUAUACCAAGAUAGUUGAAAAGUUGUUUGAGGUCGACCCUGAUGGUACGGUCGUAGCCUUUGAAGACAUGAUGCGGAAGAAGAUUUCUAUGCCUGCCCAUUUGAUGUAUGAUGGGCAGGAUGAUAAUUUGUUUGACCACUUUUCAGCUGUUGCACAGAGGUUAGGGGUAUACACAGCAAGGGACUAUGCUGAUAUCUUGGAAUUCUUGGUUAAGAGAUGGAAUGUGGAGAAAUUGGAAGGUCUUUCAGCUGAGGGAAGGAAGGCUCAAGAUUAUGUAUGCAAAUUGCCCCCUCGUAUCAGGAGGCUCGAAGAACGAGCUCAAGAAAGGGUAAAACAGGCCCAGAAAUGUGGUUUUAGCUGGAUAUUCAAUAGAGAACUGAUGCUGUGAAACCCUUCGUCUGGUGCUACCAGACCCUUCUUGUUACAAGGGGUGAUUGUGGAAAGAAAAACAAAUAGUAACAAUUUUGUAGGAUGAAUGUUUUGUCUAAAUCUAAGGUUGUCUUGUGAUUUUACAAAAUUACUAAUACUGUUCAUUAAGUGUUUUCCUGGAUUGACACCGUUUCCUGCCCUUGCUGGAUCUAUAAAUUCAUUCUAACAGCAUAUGGUGGGUAUCGAGGGAAAGAAAGCUAAUAAUUAUUAAUUAUUAGUUGGUCUUCAAGUUCUCAGGCCAACUGUAGCCGUUGUCUGUUGUUAAGGUCUGAGUUUGGUGUUUCAGGUUGUAUAAUUGAAAUUCCCCCGUUUUGAGAAUAUUUGUGCUACUUCAAAUGGGAGUAUGUAAUUUUGUAAGAUUGUUGCAAUCAAUAGAAGACUUCAAGCUUCUUCUUGUU